CAGAUACAAAUCUCGUAGAGCGUUUCAAAUUAUUAAGCGAUUGAAUUUGUUUUAUUUUUAUUACUGUGUAUGUAUGAACAAUACAAAAAAUCAAUAAUCAGAGUGUCUGUGCAGUGUCCCUAAAUAAAAUGGAGCAAAAAGCUGAUGUUAUGUGUUGCGGCUGUCUUUGCAGUGAACGCAAACUUAAACCACUCGACGAUGAUGCAAAAAGACAAUGUUUUUUACAAAUAAUAAAUGAAAUACCGAUGACUGUACCAGAUAAUGAUCUCUUAACUGCAUGCUGGGAAUGCGAUGCCUUGAUAAGUCGCUUCAUAAAAUUUAAGCGACAAGUGAAAACAUGUUAUAAAGCUCUCAAUGAAUACUCUAAACAGAAUACGAAUUUGAUGCAACAAUCUCAUUUUCCUAACCUGUCAAUGCACAUAGUUCUCGAUCUUGAUAUAGACCCAAACAUAAACAGCGGGGAACAAGUGACAAUAGAUGUGUACCACCCAAAACUCAAAGUGGAAAAUUCUAUCAAAUCAGAGAUUAAAGAUGAGGACAAUGAGUCUACACAUUCCGACAACUUGGAAGAUAAUACUUUUCUAAUAGAAUUCAGUAGGAAGAAAAAGAGGAAAGUGAAAGAACGUAAAAGAAAAAAAGAGAAGAAUGAUGAAGUUGUAAGAGAAAUAGAGUUGACAGUCGAAGAGUUAGCAGAAGAGAGAAGAACUUUAGCGGAAAGAGAGGACUAUGUGAUCGCUAUGUUCCGGUGUGAGAAUUGUAUCGUGUCGUUUCCUAACAUUGAUGAUCUCAACGACCAUCAGAAGUUGAAACAUGAUGCUAACAAGAGCAAGUUCAAAUGCAACAUUUGUGAGUGUACCUUUGCAACAGAUGUGUCAUAUAACUACCACACGAACAGACAUGUAAAACGGUUUCAAUGUACAGUGUGUGAUGUACUGUUUAACAGUAAGAGGGCUGCCACCAAACACUAUGAAGUUACACAUAUGCUAAUGAGUUAUCAACUGAAUGGUGAUACGUCGUAUUGCGAAAAUGGUGACUCCGAAACAAAAACAUUGAAACAAGAAUUCAAUGAAAGCCCAAAACAGGAGGCGGUCAGCACCGCUACAUUCCCGUGUGAAUUCUGCAACAAGACGUUCAGGUGGAAGACUUCUUUGAGAAAACAUUCGGAGACGCAUCGCAUUGAGACUGGACAGAAGAGGAAACCUUAUUGUGAACCAUGCAGGUUAUCUUUUACAACCACUUCCAAUCUACAGAAGCAUGUUAAGACAAGUUCAAAACAUCAGAUUCAACUGAAACUUUGGAAACUGAAGGAGUCCCACUUGGACGUGGUUAAUUCCGUGGAACAAAUAGCUCGGUCUGUGAACAACGCGCGCAGACAGUUCCCGUGCUCGCACUGCGGACGCAGCUUCCAGUGGAGGGGGAAUCUGCGGAGACAUCUCAGGAGUCAUCGGGCUAGAGCUAACGGCGAGCUGGUGUGUGAGCCGUGCAACAGAACUUUCUCUUCCAUAGCCACGUACAAACAGCACAUGAAGAUCAGCAAGAAACACGUCUCUGAGAGCGACUUUAAGUACAUGUGCAGUGAUUGCGGCAAACGUUUCGCGAAUAAAACUCGCCUCAAGGACCACGUGGACUGGGAGCAUCUCAAGAACUUCGUACACACCUGCAGCACAUGCCAGAAGGUAUUCAAGAGUCACACGUCCCUAUAUCUACACAAGCAGGUUGUCCACAAGAAGGACAACGCGGAGCAUUUGUGCGAUCAUUGCGGCAAACAUUUCCCGAACCGGCCCAAACUCCGCAGCCACCAGCUGGCGCUCCACUCGGGCUCGGCGCCGUACGGCUGCCCCUCGUGCCCCGCGCGCUUCACGUGGCGCUCCUGCCUCUCCCGGCAUGCCAGGCGAGUGCACAACGCGCACAAUGCGACUACAUAACGAUACGUACGGCUGCCCCUCGUGCCCC